AUUUCGAAUACUGGCUUCAAAGGUGUUCGAUUUGUUUCGAUGCUCAACUCGAUUUUUGCUUAGAAUUGUGUAGAGAUCAAUUUUGUAGGGAUUGUUUUCAAAGAUAUGUUAAAGAAGUGGUUCAGAAUUCCUGGGGACUUGGUAUUACUAAAGUUAAAUGUCCUGUAUGUCAAGAUGUUAUUCAACAAUCAGAAUGGAGCAAGUACGUAGACCAAAACGUUAUUGACUUAUAUAAUACUUAUAAUAAACCGUAUCGUUCGUUUUCUCGGUGUUGCUCGGAAUGUGGUGAAGAAGUUUUUGCUGCACAAGUAUUUCAAGUUUGUGCUGAAGAAAAAGAGAAAUAUUUUAAAGAAAUCUCUCUUCUUCUUCGUAAAUAUUUUGAUACAUAUGGAUCGGGAAAAAACUGCAAAGGGAAAAAUACUUUAAAUCGUGUCACGAAAAAUCAAAAUGAUAUUGAUAGUUUUCUUGAAAAGUAUCAAACAGAUUAUUUAGCAUACAUAUCAGGUGAAGAUCCCAAGAUUGGAGUAUUGGAAAUGUACGAAUAUAUUGCAAAGAAGUUGGGAGAAA